AUGGACCGGCUGAUCUUCUCCUUGUUGAUGCUGGCCGUCUCCACCAGGGGGCAGCUGUGCCCCAAGCGCUGCAUGUGCCAGAACCUGUCCCCCUCGCUGGCCAUCCUCUGCGCUAAGACGGGCCUACUCUUCGUGCCCACCGUCAUCGACCGGCGCACCGUGGAGCUGCGGCUCACUGAGAACUAUAUCACAGCCAUAAGGAGGCGGGACUUUGCCAACAUGACUAGUUUGAUCCAUCUGACGUUGUCCCGCAACACCAUAAGCCAGAUCAUGCCUUACACCUUCGAGGACCUAAAGCGGCUGCGGGCGCUGCACCUGGACAGCAACCGGCUGAGUGUGAUCAGGGAUGACCACUUUCGGGGGCUCACCAACCUUAGGCACCUGAUCUUGGCCAACAACCAGCUGCACAAUAUCUCUCCCCACGCCUUUGAUGACUUCACAGGAACCCUGGAAGACCUAGACCUGUCCUACAACAACCUGGUGGACAUCCCCUGGGAGACGAUAGGUCGUCUAACCAAUGUCAACACCCUUAACAUGGACCAUAACCUUAUAGAGCACGUGCCCCAAGGGAUCUUCACCAACCUGCAUAAGCUGGCGCGUCUGGACAUGACGUCCAAUAAGCUUAAGAAGAUCCCACCGGAUCCACUUUUUCUGCGCAUCCCUGUCUACGCGAAAGCCAAAGGAUCUCCUCAGUCGUCAUUGGUGAUGAGUUUUGGUGGAAACCCGCUCCACUGUAACUGUGAGCUGCUGUGGCUGAGGAGGCUGACCAGAGAAGACGAUCUGGAGACCUGCGCCUCUCCUCCAGACCUCACAGCCAAGUACUUCUGGACCAUCCCCGAGGAGGAGUUCAUCUGUGAGCCUCCGGUCAUGACCAGGAAGUCUGCCAAGACCUUCACCAUGGAGGGCCAGCCUACCAGUCUGAAGUGCAAGGCCAAUGGAGACCCGGACCCAGAGAUUCACUGGAUUUCCCCCGAGGGCCGUCUGAUCUCCAACACGUCACGGACUGUCACCUUCAGCAACGGGAGCCUGGACAUCAACAUCACCUCCCUGAAGGACUCUGGAACCUUCACCUGCAUUGCCUCCAACGCAGCGGGGGAGUCCACGGGCCAGGUGGAGCUGGUGGUCAACCUCCUCCCCCACCUGGCCAACAGCACCAACCGGCUACGGGAGCCCGACCCUGGUCCGUCAGACAUCCUCACCUCGGCCAAGUCCACCUCAACCACGGGCAACGACACACGGAGGAACCAGGAGGGAAGGGUGCUGAUGGCGGAGCUGACAGCUAGCUCAGUGCUGAUCAAAUGGCCAUAUCAGAACCACGUUCCUGGGAUCAGGAUGUACCAGGUCCAGUACAACAGUUCCCUGGAUGACACGCUUAUCUACAGAAUGAUCCCGUCCACCAGUCAGGACUUCCUGGUUCGUGACCUGGUGUCAGGGCGUGAGUACGACCUGUGUGUCCUGGCGGUGUACGACGACGGCAUCACCUCGUUGACGGCCACGCGGCAGGUGGGCUGCGUCCAGUUCAUCACAGAGACCGAGUACAGCCAGUGCCAGGCCCUCCACAGCCAGUUCCUGGGCGGCACCAUGAUCAUCAUUAUUGGUGGCAUCAUCGUGGCCUCCGUGCUCGUCUUCAUCAUCAUCCUCAUGAUCCGCUACAAGGUCUACAGCCACCAGGGCAUGGACACAGGUAAGGUGGGCACCCUGGACAACAUCUGUGCCCAGACCAACGGAGGACAGGCUGGGGGACAGGUGUCCCACUCUGGGUCUAAAAUUACAGAGAGCCAGGAGGAGCAACAGGCUCAUGCCUUUGCUGGGGUGGGAGGGGGGCCAGGGACAGGGGGAGGAGGGGGUGUGAGUGGAGCGGCAUCGCCUAAUGCCACCCAAAAGGACUCUAACACCAUGGUGCUGGUGGUUGACUGUGAGAAGGCGGUGCAGAUAGCAGACAUGACUGCUGAGGACCUGCUGUCGCCUAGUAAGAGGCGUCACUCCAGGACUGCCAUUGAGAUGAAGAGGAGAGCUUCGCUCACACCCAAAGAGGCCACCAAUGUGAAUGUGGGGGGAAACACGCCGGCGCCCGCGGCUGCCGACGACGACAAGAGGGCUCACAGAGACUGGAGCGACUUUAAAAUUUGA